AUGAAUACCGAGGACCACUUCAACGGGUACGAGCAGCCCCUCCCCGUGCUGUCUCGGCCUCCCGCUACGGCGUCAUGGCUGGCGACCGAUCCGACCCCCCACACAGACCCUUAUGCCGUUCCUCCGUAUCCUGCCGUAAUAGCACCCACAGAUUCUCUCGCCAAUACCGGUCCAAUUGCGCCGCUGCCAGUCCCAGCACCAGCGCCAAUUCCCAAGCCACAGCCGGCUGCAACACGAACGACAGGCGCCGAGCGCAAUGCAUCCGCCAAGGUCCGCAAGCCUCGCAAGACCGGUAAUGCGGUUGGGAAAUCUACAUUGUUCUGGGUCAAUACCGAUCCGCAGACUGCGUCGGCAGGGACAAAGGAGGAGACCUUGAAGCGCAUCCGUUCGCAUGUGAUGUCAGAGCAUAAUCGAAAGAAAAGACUAGAGAGUACGAAACGAUAUAAGAGCAAGACUUGGAAGCAUUUACCUUUUCAGCCGCCGGAGCAGAUCCCCGGAGGUGUGGGACCACCGCGGCCUCCCGCCCCGCCAUCUUCGGUGUCCUCAACAUCAACUCCCAGUGAAAAUCGCAGAACUUCUUACGCAAUAGACGAUGAUACAGAUACAGAUUUGGUACCUUAUACAAGCUCUGCGGGUUAUGCCUCUGGUGAUUUGUCGGAGAGUUGGGACGAUACCGGGUUCGAUGGGGUUGUGGGCUAUCAGAGCAGAUCAGCGACGGCACCUAUUUGGACAUAUAUAGGACCGGGUGCCCAUGAUCCCUUUAACACCGGGCAUACACAACUUACGGAUCUUCUUUGGGAUUUAACGCAAGAGGCACAUCCAUUGCAGACUCGAUAUAAACCUAAAUUACAGGCUCAUUGGGCGGCAUUGAUCCAGCGUGACCCCACUGUUUUACAUGCGACAAUCUGUAUGUCUACAUCUAAUGCGGCCAUGCAAAGAGGCGAGUUGCCUUUAAGAGAUCCAAAUCAAGCGCGCAGCGCGCUUGUGGUGGAUACGUUUCAUCAUCGUGGUGAGACUAUUCGUUUGGUCAAUGAGGGUCUGUCGGACCCUGUCAAAGCAUCCAGUGAUGAGCUGAUUGCUGCGGUUUCAACCUUAUUGACAAUUGAGAUUGCGUCUGGUAAUCCAGACUAUUUGAAAAUUCAUUUGGCUGGCCUGCGACAAAUGAUUGGGCUGCGCAAAAGUUUUGCGGAUGUUCCUUCUGACGUCCGCUUCCAAAUAUCAUGGACUGAUAUUCGAGUUGCCUGCAUGGCAAUGGCAAAGCCCAUCUUUCCAUUUGUACGAGGGAUCCGCCCCACGGGAUUUUCGCUCGGCCCACCAAAUGAUGAUGUCGCAUUGACUGCCACUCGUCUAUUCCCUUUGAUGAAAAUUCCUGGAAUAUUUAGUGAAUCGUUCUCCCAGAUCAUGUACGACUUGCUCGAGCUUUCCUGGUAUGCAGAAUGGAUCAAAGGGUCUACCGGAUACAAAGACUUUACAGAAGAAACCGAAGACUAUUAUAACUUCGAGGUAAUCUAUGUCGAGUACUCACUCCAUGCAGACCGAUAUCUUCCUACCGGUCAAGUAAAAGGGGAUAACUCUAUCGAAGGCUGCUGUCGCAUAGCCUGUCUCUGCUUCCACAACAGUGCCAUCUGGAGCUUCUACCCCAUGAUCGCCCCGCUACUCCCCAAGCCUAUCAUAGCCCUACGUGCCGCCCUAGAGGCGACCAUCGCAACCGGAUUAUUUGCGCUGUGCCGCGAUUUACUUAUCUGGUUGCUUUUCAUUGGUGCAGCAUGCAGUCAAGUCAUGCCGGCGGAGCGCACAUACUUCGUGACGGAGCUGGCGGCUGCAACACGCCUUCAUGGCGUCACAUCCUGGCAGGAAUGCCGCGCCAUUCUGCUGGGCUUCUUCUACACCGAUCGAGUUCAUCUACCUAUGCUGCGUCAGAUUUGGCAGGAGGUCCAGAUGCAACAGAUGGAGCAAACGGCCGUAUAA